AGUUGCUGAAAUCAUAUCAAAUCCCUUUUUUGCGAGUAGAUCGCAUCAUGGCGCCAUAUUUAAAAAUGUUUUCACAAUUUAUAGAGCAAAAAUCCUGGCACGAAUGUAUCCUGAUCUUCCAGAAUGCCAGAGAUACCGAAGAGGCUAUAAUACAAAUCAUCGAAGGUUAUCAUUUUCGCGCUUUGGUGCUAAAUGCAUACGAUCAGCGCGAUUUCGUGAAACGAAUGCGGCAAUUGCGACCAACACCCUCCUGCUAUGCAAUCUUUGCGAGUGGAACGGCGAUGAGCAGCAUUUUUGAAAAGAUAUAUGAGGGCAAACUCUUCGAACGACCUCGCGAGUGGCAUUUCGUGUAUUUGGAUCCGCGUGAUCGUGUCUUCAAAUUUAGGAAGUCAGUGAAUUAUGCGACCAAAUUUACAAUCAAUCCGAAGACUUUAUGCCGCGCACUGCGCAUGAGAGAUGCUUACUGCCUUAACGGAUUUACCUUCCAACGCGCAAUGAUUUUGGAAAUACUACGCAGCUUAAUUGAAAUUAAACAAAUAAAUAUUAAUUGGUUACAAUCUUUCGUAAUGCAAUGUAACAACACGAGCCCCAACGAAGAUACACAUACGGGAUUUAACAUAUUGGAUCAAUUCCUUUUGAAUGAAUUUUUACAUUUGACCACCGAUGCCACCUUUCCGGAAGAGGACCUCGAUCUCGUGCCACGCCUUACUUACUCACCAACAAUAAAUAUAAGUCUUUACUCGCGCGAGCACGAAGCGGCAACCGAUUUAGCCAUUUGGGAAAAUGGUGAUUUACGCAAAAUUAAUAAGACGCUUAGUCCACCGAGACGUUUCUUUCGCAUUGGCACGGUGGAGGCCAUACCCUGGAACUAUUUGAAGCGCGAUCCAGUUACCGAUGAACUAGUACUCGACGCUUAUGGUAAUCCGAUUUGGGAGGGUUUCUGCAUUGAUUUUAUUAAAACCUUGUCGAAGCGUCUAAACUUCGGUUACAUACUCGUACCACCUACUUCGGGUGAAUUUGGACGGCGCAAUGCCGAAACCGAACAAUGGGAUGGCAUUAUCGGCGAUUUGGCUAUUGGUGAGACGGAUUUUGCCGUCGCUGCAUUAAAAAUGUACUCGGAACGUGAAGAAGUUAUUGAUUAUAUAGCUCCGUACUUUGAGCAAACAGGCAUUUCUAUAGUUAUGCGAAAGCCGGUGCGACAGACAUCGCUAUUCAAAUUCAUGACCGUUCUACGGGUGGAAGUGUGGUUCAGCAUAAUUGCAGCGCUGGUGGGAAGUGCCAUACUGAUUUGGCUGCUAGAUAAGUAUUCACCAUAUAGUUAUAGAAAUAAUCGUGAGGCAUAUCCAUACCCUUGCAGGGAAUUCACACUUCGUGAGAGUUUCUGGUUUGCUCUGACUUCAUUCACGCCGCAAGGCGGUGGUGAACCUCCUAAAGCGGUAUCUGGUCGCAUAAUGGUUGCAGGUUAUUGGCUAUUUGUGGUUUUGAUGCUGGCCACUUUCACGGCGAACUUAGCUGCCUUUCUUACCGUGGAACGCAUGCAGACACCUGUGCAGUCUUUACAGCAGUUGGCGCGUCAAUCUCGCAUAAACUACACUGUUGUGGAAGGAUCAAGUACACAUCAAUACUUUAUAAAUAUGAAAUUUGCUGAAGACACGCUAUAUCGCAUGUGGAAGGAAUUGACGAUGAAUGUAACUGAGGAUUAUCAGAAAUACAGAGUUUGGGAUUAUCCCAUCAGAGAGCAGUACGGCACCAUAUUACUCGCUAUAAAUAGUUCCGAACCCGAAGAUGCCAAGGAGGGAUUUCGCAAGGUCAACGAACACGAGAACGCCGACUUCGCAUUCAUACACGACUCCUCCGAAAUAAAAUAUGAGUUGACCCGUAACUGCAAUCUGACCGAAGUUGGCGAAGUAUUCGCUGAACAACCCUAUGCCAUUGCGAUUCAACAAGGAUCUCAUUUUGCGGAUAAAUUGAGCUAUGCGCUACUGGAACUUCAAAAGGAUCGCUACUUCGAAGAACUCAAAGCCAAAUAUUGGAAUAUGUCACGCAUUAAAGCCUGUUCCGUAAACAAAGAGGAAGAAGGCAUCUCACUUGAAAGUUUGGGUGGUGUAUUUAUAGCCACACUAUUCGGUUUAGGCUUAGCUAUGGUCGCUUUGGUGCUGGAGAUUAUCUACUUCCAACGAAAGUACCGCUCACUAAGUCGUUUCAACGAAAUCACAAAAGUAAAGCCAGCUACAUCAGCAACGUCACUCAAGCAGUUAGUACCGAAAAAGAAAUCAAAGAAACGUAUUGCUGUUUGGCAUACGUCCACGCGUGAUAACUCACCUGAACAUGCAACGCCUCCACCAGCUUUCGAUUCUAUAAAGUUUAGAGGUAAAAAGAUACCACCUAGCAUCACACUGGGCGGCGAGGAAUUUAAACCGCGGAGAGGCGACUUGCGGCGUCUAAGUGACAGCUUGGAUAGUGCGGAGCAUGAAAAAGGAGCAAUCUCACAGAAACGUAACGAUGAAUUGCCGCCGUACACAGAGUGAAGCGGGUCAGUGAAAUAUUUAAUAGGAAAUAAUAAUGGCCUUAGGUCACGAAAUGUAUGUAGUU